AGGCAAACUGAAACGCGUUGGAUUUGUACUUUGUAAACAACAGUUGUUUUUUGCAGUUUACGCUUAAUUAAUUAAACUAAUUAUUUAAACGUUGAGUUUACUUUUGUUUAUUUUCACAAUGUCUUCUUCCUCAUCUAUCAUAAGAUUUUACACACAUCGUAACUGCACUAUCUCGACUGUCGCGCCUAGAGCGGAGCAAGUGAUGCGAAUGCAGUUGAAUUGGAUGAUAAGGUCACGAGAAGGUUGGGAGGCUGGCCUUAAUGAUUCGUCCAUCGUUAGUGGAUGGUUCCAAGAGGCGGAGAAUGCCUUUGUGGGCAAUAAUGUGGCGUCGAGUUCGGCAAAGAAGAAUAUGACGUUCAAACCAUUUAAGAGAAUCUGGUCGUUCGUGAUUGGACGUCUACCUAACUAUUUGACUUUGUUGGAUGGUCAAAUGUUUCCUGGGCCGUUGGAUGGUUCUUGGGUGGCGGAUGGCCUCGUGGAUAUCGCCCUGACCGAGCGCCUCGUCGUGGGAGUAGCAGAAGUAGAAGAAAUGGCGAUCGAGGCGGAUAAUUGGCAACCAGGGACGGAAAAGCGUGUUAUCAACGUGAUUGACCCGUACUCAUACUGCGUCGUAGCAAAGAGAUCACAUAUUCUGAAAGAAAUAUUUGUCCCGAACGAACACAAGAAGGUCGGCGAUUAUCGUCACCUUCUACAUUUCCAUUCCGACAAGGUGGACAAGUAUCUUGACCAAACUGACGUGAAGAGGUUGAUAAGUAGCAUACCCGAUGACAUGAUUUCGUCCCCACCAAAGAUCGAGUGGGACCCAAAUUAUCAACUGCUUCCUGCCGACGUCGUUAUCGACUCUGGUGGUGCGUCGCACUUUACGUCGUAUGUCAACGGUCUUAAUCCUGCGGAACAUGGGGAAUUGUACGCAACUCUGGAACAAGUUUUCGACAAAAUGAUACCCUUGUAUGAGAAGGUGCUAAGCGAAAUUCUACUGACGAGGUUGGAGGUUGAGCCUAAAACGCGAAGCGAAACUGAUAAGAAUCAGAGCGUUCCGGUCACCUUGCGUGGAAAGAAAAUCCAGGUCGUGGUUAGAAUGACGACAACAAUUUUAACUCCGGAAAAUUCUAAGCAUCCAGGCGGGCAGUGGCACAUUGAAGGGAUGGCGAACGAACAAAUAGUCGCCGUUGGUCUGCACUACUUCUCCAGCGAGAACAGUAACACGUCUAAGUUGUACCUUGCUCCCACUUGGCGGGAAUCGAAUAGCGUCAUAAGCGUCGUGGAUGGUGGAAACAAUCCUUUCGCAAUCGAAACGGUGCCGGGUCGAAGCGUUGUAUUCAAGAAUUCUAUCUCUCACCGUGUGGCUCCUUUUGAGCUGGAUGAUCCCGAGAAACCCGGACAUCGCAAAAUCCUUGGUUUUUUCCUCGUCGAUCCGGGAGUCCAAAUUUUGUCGUCAGCUCGCGUCCCAUGUCAGCAAUGGGCGUGGUAUUUGGACGUCUGGAAGACGUUUGGAAGUGAAGGACGUCUUGUUCCACUUACUGCCUCCAGAAAUGGUCGAGCUGGUGGUGUCAUUUUUACCACGGGGAAACAAGUAUCUGGACACUGAGGAGGCGAAAAGUCUCAUGAAAGAGAUGCGCGAUAAGAGGAAAGCACGAUUAGCGGAGUCGUAUCGCAAACGGCGAGUGCAAACAAGACGGGUGAUGCAAACAGCACGGAAAAGUACAGGUGGACCUGCACCCCGCCGUCAAUUAUCUACUCGUGCAGACUGAUGUGAUUUGAAUUCGAUUCGACCAAAACGACGUUUUACAAUCGAAAUCGAGUAUGGAUAAGUUUUGCUGGUUCGUGUCAUCUACAUGAAACAGUUUUACACAUUCAAGAAUUGGGUUACUUAAAAUAAGAUAAAAUAUAGAUUAUAAUUAAGUCGAAAUUUUAAAGUUUCGAGUGUUAGUUUUUGGACCAAUUAAUUAAAAAAAUAUAACUAUGUAUGUAGUUCGGUGAGUUUAUUACUGCUAGGUUUUGGGAUUAAUUAUUUUAUUAAUUCAUUAGACAAGUUAAAAAUUCUUUAACGCAUAAAAAAUUGUACACUCAAUUUUAACACUGCAAUUCUAAAUACCUAAAUAAUUAAAACUUGUAUUGGUGAUGGAACAUCUCUAACUUCACUUUUUUGGCUUUAUAUUUUUUCGCGAGCUAAUAAAUCAUGGGUUGAAAAUUGUUAUUGAAUACAUUCAACCUGUGUAGUUUAACUUUAUAACAUAGUUUUUAAAUACAGAUCCUAAGCCGAAUGGUGUCACAAGACCUGUUCAGUGGCCACGGAAGUGUGGGGACAUUGAGAAAAUGUCCCCACGAAAAUUUUGCCGUGGAGACUUGCAAUGCAUUUAUCCCCAUGGGCUCGUGGGACUGAAGUACAAAAACAUCGACCUUAUAACUCAAACCGUAAUUUUAAACUUAUGUGGUAAUCUGGUAAUAAUAUUGGUUUUCUAAUCUAAUUUUAAGCUAAUUGAUUAAAUUUACGAGUAUAACUAGUGCCAUUCAAGUAUGCACUUCAUUU